UUGCGCUCUUUUUCUUCAAUUUGUUUCUUCUCAGAAAACCCACAAAAUUGCGUAACCUAACAACGGAUUAAUACCUUCCAGAUAUGUACUUAUUCAAGGAGUUGAUUGAAAAAUACCGGUCGAUCUCGAUUCCUUCGCAGACAAAUUCCAGCGCCACCGGCGGAGGAGCCAUGGACGGAGAGGGCGGCGUUUCGACGGGGAACGAGCGGACUGCGUACAAGCUGAAAAGCUACUUCGAUUUGGCCAAAGAGGAGAUUGAUAAAGCCGUUAGGGCUGAAGAGUGGGGUUUACCAGACGACGCCGUUUCGUGUUAUAAUAAUGCGCGGAGGAUACUCAGUGAAGCAAUUUCCACUCCAGUUCCUUCUUACAUCUCCUCCAGUGAAAUGGAGAAGGUGAAAUCUCAUCGUGAAAAGAUAUCAAAAUGGCAAAGCCAGGUAGCAGAGAGAUUGCAAACUUUGGCUCGAAGAACAGGUGGAUCAUCAGAAAUCAAGAGUACCUCUCCUAAGUCACAAACUGGGGCAAUUCCAUCUACAGCUUCGCGUCCAAGAAAAGUGGCAGUUCAAAACACUUCUGGUCUUAGCAGUGGUACUCCUGCUAUGAGGAGUCAGGUUAACAACACAAAGACGCCAAGACCUGUACAAGAAUCUGGCGGUGGCUAUGAUUCUAAACUGGUAGACAUGAUAAAUUCUGUGAUUAUCGAUCAUAGCCCUGCUGUUAAAUGGGAAGACAUUGCUGGGCUUGAGAUGGCAAAACAAGCAUUGCUGGAAAUGGUUAUUCUGCCAACUAAAAGAAGAGACCUUUUUACUGGACUUCGAAAGCCAGCCAAGGGAUUACUUCUCUUUGGACCACCUGGUACAGGAAAAACCCUGCUUGCAAAAGCAGUUGCUUCAGAAUCCGAUGCUACCUUUUUUAGUGUUUCUGCUUCUUCCUUGACGUCAAAGUGGGUGGGAGAGGGUGAAAAGCUUGUUCGAACCCUUUUUCAGGUUGCCAUUUCCAGGCAGCCAUCUGUAAUUUUCAUUGAUGAGAUUGAUAGUAUAAUGUCAACAAGAACAGAGAAUGAGAAUGAAGCAAGUAGAAGGCUGAAGUCGGAGUUUCUCGUUCAGUUCGAUGGGGUAGCAUCGAGUUCUGGUGAUUUAGUCACUGUCAUUGGUAAACUUUGCAUUCCUAGCUCUUGUGUUGACUGCGGUUGUGGAUUUUACUGCUUACAGAUGAUACUUAUAUGGAGCUUGAUUGUCUUUUUGUGUAAUUCUGAGUCUCAUGUAUAUUCUGUAUUUGUCUUGAUUUUAUCUUCCUCUCCAAGCAACUGUUAUGCCUUCAAAAAGCCAGCUGCUAAGAUCCAAAUAUGUGAACUUAACCACAUUGAUAUUUUCCUUGUACCACGCAUCAAUAUGGACUAA